AGGGGGUUCUCGGACCUCGGCGGCCUCUUUUUGAAGAACGUGGGUGAGGAAAAUCUCCCCACCACCACCAUCACCACCACCUUGUAAACGAUCGCGAAGGGAAAACAGCGGCUCCUUCUUCCUCCCCUCCCCCCUUUUCGGUACCCCCCCCUUUUUUUUGGUCUUCCUUUCUUGUCUUUUGUCUCGACCCUGCGGCAGCAUCUUGCAAGCUGGAGCAUAAUGGAGCUGGAGAAUAUCGUCGCCAACACGGUCCUGCUCAAAGCCCGGGAAGGAGGUGGAGGGAAACGGAAAGGGAGGAGCAAGAAGUGGAGAGAAAUCCUCAAGUUCCCACACAUCAGCCAGUGCGAUGACCUUAGGAAAGGCAUAGAACGGGACUACAACAGUUUGUGUGUCAAGCAGCCCAUUGGUCGGCUUCUCUUCCGCCAGUUCUGUGAGACCCGGCUGGAACUCCUACGGUGCAUCCACUUCCUGGACACUGUGGCAGAAUAUGAGCUUUCCCCAGAUGAGAAACGCAAGGAAAUGGGAGAAGAGAUAAUCCAACAGUACUUCAAGAGUGGGUCUUUGGGCUACCUGGCAGAAAUCAGCCAGUCCCUUAUGAAUGAGUGUGUGGAGGAACUACAAAGAAGCCGUUGCAAAGACCUCUUCAGCAGUUGUGUGCAGCGCUUGCACGAGUAUCUGAGUGGAGCCCCUUUCACCAACUACCAAGACAGCAUGUAUUUUGACAGAUUUCUCCAGUGGAAAUACCUGGAGAGACAAUCAGUGACCAAAGACACCUUCCGGCAAUACCGGAUCCUUGGCAAGGGAGGCUUCGGAGAGGUUUGCGCAUGCCAAGUGCGUGCUACAGGGAAGAUGUAUGCCUGCAAGAAGCUGGAGAAGAAGCGCAUCAAGAAACGGAAAGGGGAAGCUAUGGCGCUGAAUGAGAAGCAAAUCUUGGAGAAGGUCAACAGUCGAUUUGUGGUUAGCUUGGCCUAUGCCUAUGAGACCAAGGAUGCCCUUUGCCUGGUGCUCACCAUCAUGAAUGGAGGUGACUUGAAGUUUCACAUCUACAACAUGGGCAAUCCUGGCUUCGACAAUGAGCGGGUCACCUUCUAUGCUGCAGAGAUUUGCUGCGGCCUCGAGCACUUGCACCGGGAGGGCAUUGUGUACAGGGACUUGAAGCCAGAGAACAUCCUUCUGGAUGAUGAUGGUCACAUCAGGAUCUCAGAUCUGGGGCUAGCCAUCAAGAUCCCAGAAGGAGACACGAUCCGUGGCCGUGUAGGAACUGUUGGCUACAUGGCUCCUGAGGUGAUUCACAAUGAGCGCUAUUCCUUCAGUCCAGACUGGUGGGGUCUCGGCUGCCUCAUCUACGAGAUGACCGAGGGCCAGUCACCCUUCCGUGCCCGGAAGGAACGAGUAAAGAGGGAGGAAGUGGAGAGGCGUGUGCAGGAGGAGCAGGAACAGUACUCGGACAAAUUCUCUGAAGAUGCCAAAGCCAUCUGCAAGGCGCUGCUGACCAAGGAUCCCAAGCAGCGGCUGGGAAGUAAAGGAGACGGGGCCGUCCAGGUGAAGCUGCACCCGUUCUUCAAAACCAUCAAUUUCAAGCGCCUUGAAGCUGGAAUCAUGAAACCUCCCUUUGUACCAGAUCCCCGGGCCGUGUACUGCAAAGACGUGCUGGACAUCGAACAAUUCUCCACUGUGAAGGGUGUCAACUUAGACCAAACUGACAACGACUUCUAUGCCAAAUUUGCCACCGGCAGCGUCCCCAUCCCCUGGCAGAAUGAGAUGAUUGGCACAGAAUGCUUUAAAGAUCUCAACGUUUUUGGACCAAACGGCAAGCGAUGCCCAGAUCUGGACUGGAAGCAACUUCCUGAUCCCCCCAAGCGAAGCCUCCUGCAGAGGCUCUUCCGUCGCAAUCCCAGUGACUUCUCCCUCAGCACCAACGCACACUCCAACCUGUCAGCAGCUCCCUCACCGACCCGGCCCACAGCGCAGGCUCCUUCCUGACCCACGGCCCAGAAGCCCCCUGAAGCCACCACUGGUCCGUUGCCUUCUCAGGGCUGCCAAAGGCCUGACCUCCCCCCCCCCCAACAUGGAGGUGUCGCCGUCCUGGACUGGGGCCUCUGACCAGCAAGGAAACUGGGGGAAGGCGGCCUUCGAUCCUUCAGGAGAGACUGUGCACUGGCCUCGGGAGCCCUCAAGGCCUCCCAGGGCUGACACGUUGCGGAUUGCAGUUGUUGGGACCCUUUGUGGACGUGGUUGGAUGUCCAGGCGGGUGGCUUUUGCCAGAUCUUCCUCCUUUUCUUGGGGCUCUCUGGCCACGUGGGGAAACUCCGUCCCUCCCCUCCCCUGUUUUCUGUCUCUCUCUCGCUCUCAAUAGCAUGGAGCCUGCCCAGACGUUAAUGUGAGAUGGUCAGAGGGCGGGGAAGGUGCCUUAGACAGGGGAGAUUUAGCCCUGCGUUUGGAGGUGACCCAGAGGUGGAAACAGGAGCCUUGAAGCAGUGGCUCAGAAAAGAGGCUCAUCACGAAUAGCACCUCUGAGACCACGGAUGCCCCACAGUUUCAGUGGCAGAGACUGGGAACGUCAAGCGGCACUGGCAUGGAUAAAUGUGUGCGUGCCGACAAGGGUGCAAAUGUCCACCUGUUACACAAUUGCCUCCUUUGGUUUAUUCAGGGUGUUUCAGGAAUCUCUACCUACCCGUAAUCUCGAAAUAACUGCAGCCUGGGAAUAUGGGAAGUUACUUUAUAUCAAGUUGGAUUCUCCUGGUCGGCCUAACUCAAUAUGGUCAAAUCUGACUAGGAGGAGCAUUCCAGGAUUUCAGGCAGAAGGCAUGCACAGGAUUGAACCUUCUGUACACAAAGCUACUGCCCUAUCCCUGACCUACUAUGGCCUCUACCCAAAGGGCCACAUGGCCAGGAAAAGAAGGGAACGCGAGGCCACUCCAGACCAAGGGUUGGAAAUCACGUUGACCUUAUUUCCCAAGAAGGGAAAAGUUUUCCCUCAUAAUUUUUAUCCUUCCCCCCCCCCCAAAAAAAAACAACCCUUGAGAGUCUGCUAUUGUGUUGCUCAUGAAUGGUCCAGACCUUGUUUUAGCAAAACAAAAUGUCCAGUCUGUUUUAAACUGGAGGUAUUUUGGUGUUGCUGUUGCUGUUUUUCUCUCAUUACAGAGGAGGGACUUCUGGUUAUUUUCUGCUUCAUUUGGAGAGGUUGAUGUACAGACUCAGACACGCCCCAGAGCUUGCCCUGCUUCGAAGGCCCAAGUAGGGAGAUCAGCAUGAAAAGAGUGAGGGGGGGGGGGUUUCAGGGUGCUCAGAAUAGGAAGGCCCAAGGAUUUUAUGCAGGCUGUGUUUUGAUGUGAAGGUCACCUGGUCCGUACCACUCAGUCUUCACAAGAGGAUCAGUGGGCAGUGACCCUCGUGGUUUCACACUUCUCUAAAUUUUGCAAUGCAACUUUUAGCUGGCAAAAGAACUUUU